UAUUUUAGCUAGAACGCGAAAGCGCCAAUUACGUGCAACGGCUGACGACAAGUCGGGGGAGACCGACGUCACCUAGUUGUUGUUGUGUUUGCACACACACACACGCGAACACCCCGCGAGGCCUAUAUUAGUCAUGCAUGCCAAAAACACUGGUGAAACUCGAACUCGUGUGAGUGUGUGAAUGUGAGUGCUGCGACAGGGCCAAGGGAAACCAAUUCUGACCAGGCCAGGCCCUUAGCCUUUACCCGUGCUCCUCGUACCCAGAUAAAGCGGAGCAGCCUUACGUAUACGCAAUAAACGUAAUAAAAACAAAACGGCAAAUUGUUGGGAAACCUGUUCCUCUCCUCUGCUCCGUCGCAGUAGCCGCUGCAACUUGCAGCCAACGUCGCAGUCGCAGUACCAUAAACAGCAUUCUGCAUAAAAAAAAGCUCGCGGCGGGAGACCAAAAUAAAUCUCGAGUGCGCCAAAAAAUAUAAAAAUAAAGUGUUAAGAUUAAGACAUAAGGGAACGCAGAAACCCAAAUAUGAAAUUCCUUAUGGCCCAACUUGUUUUGUGCAGUUAAAACCGCCCGAAAGGAAUUUUACCAUAUUUCUUUUAUGAUAAUCCCCCCUCCCCCACCUUUAUACGGUUUAUUAUUUGAUCUGUAGUACUGUGAAGAGGCGAGGCGAGCAAAUAAAUUAACACUAACGCAAAAUACAACAGAAAAGUAACACAAAACAACGUAAACAAGAGCAAAAAGAGGAAGAACAAACAGCAGGAGAAGCAGCAGCAAAAGAGGAGGCUGCAAAAAAAAAAACAAAUAAUUAAAAGUUUAAAUCAAAAAUGGCUGAAUCAACAACCACAUCACCGUCGGGGACGAGUGAAGAUGGCCAGAUCCAUGGCUAUAACAACAGUGAUAACGACUCUGGCGACUCGUGUCAUCUGAGGAUUGUGGUGCUCAGCGGCCAGUCGCUGGCCAAGAAGGACAUAUUCGGCGCCAGCGAUCCAUAUGUCCGAAUCGAUUUGAACACAAUCAAUGGUGAUAUUAAUAUUGACUCGGUUUUAACAAAAACAAAAAAGAAGACACUGAAUCCAUCCUGGAACGAAGAGUUUAUAUUCAGAGUGAAGCCCUCUGAGCAUAAGCUUGUCUUUCAAGUAUUCGACGAGAAUCGCCUGACACGCGACGACUUUCUGGGCAUGGUCGAGCUAACGCUGGUCAAUCUGCCCACAGAGCAGGAGGGCCGAACCAUUGGCGACCAAGGCUACACUCUGCGUCCGCGCAGGUCAGUAGGCAGCGCCAAAUCCCGCAUCAAAGGCAAUCUAAAGAUCUAUCACGCCUUCAUACGCGAGACGCGCGAACAGAGCGAGCCCUCGAGCAGCAACAGCGAUGGGGAAUGGGAGCAUGUGGAGGCCACCAAUGCCAGCGAAACGUCAGCGCAGCCGCAUCCGUUCCCUACUGGCGGCAAUGAUGCCUUGCCCGCUGGCUGGGAGGAGCGACAGGAUGCCAAUGGGCGCACAUACUAUGUGAAUCACACGGCAAGGACGACACAAUGGGACAGACCCACUGUUUUGAACAGCAACAACAGCCAGUCCGCUGAUCAGCUGGCCUCGGAUUUCCAGCGACGUUUUCACAUCAGCGUGGAUGAAACGGAGACGGGACGUUCGGCGAGAGCCAGGAACGCGGCCAGUGAAGAGGAGGAUCGGCAAAGGGCCAUCGAUGAGGAGAAUCAGACAGAGUCCGAGUCCGAACUGGUGCCAGUUGUUGAUCCACAGAAUAAUCAAUCGAAUUGUCUGCACUGCGGCGAGGCACAUGUUGAGGAUGAUGAGGAGAAUGUAGAUGUGGAUGUCGAUGCGGAUGCGGAGGAGCCUCCCAUUUCGGAUGCUGCGCCAAUCUGUGAUAUACUCGAUAGGAACUUGUACCUCAAACGAAUAUUUGAUGCCUCCAGUUGUAAUAGCUUAGAGGAUGAACAAACGCCAACAAACACACCAGAAGCGACCACACCAACCAGCACAAACUUACCGCCCAACACCACACCAACAAUCCCCAGCGAGAACAAUGGCCAUGGCAAUGACAAUAUUUUGAACCAUUCAGGGACAGACGAUACGCCACAGGAGACAACCAGUUUUGUUUACAAUUCCUUGCGACAUCGUGUCGCCGUUAGGCCACCCGAAAUCUCAGCCACCAGUUUGCAAAACGAUUUGCGUCCGGUGCGUCAGGCGCCCGAUGUACCAGACAUUGCCAUGACCACAAUCCUGACACGGCGGGCCAUCGACAACAUGGCCUACAAUCUGGGACGGCACGAGCAGGAGCCUAACCAGCAGCAGCAGCAGCGGCAGCGGCGACGUCAGCAAAUGCAGUUGCAUAUACAGCAGCACCAGCAGCGGCAACAGCAGCAGAACAGACAAUUGCCUGAAGUAGAUCUUCGCCAGCAAAGACGCCGCCAGCAACAGCAGCAUCAGCAGCUCCAAUUGCAUCUACAGCCACAUCCGCAUCUGAACGAAGACACCGAUCACACAGACAGCCACAAUUCCUCAGAGAUCUCAGCUCCGCCCACCCGACGCAAUUCCGAGGAAGACAAUGCGGCUGUGCCACCCCAGGACCAAAAUGCCGGUGGCGAGGAGGAGGCACUGCCACCGCGCUGGUCCAUGCAGGUAGCGCCCAAUGGCCGCACCUUCUUCAUUGACCAUGCCUCGCGUCGCACCACCUGGAUAGAUCCACGCAAUGGACGGGCCAGUCCCAUGCCAAACCAGACGCGUCGCGUCGAGGACGAUCUGGGACCCUUGCCAGAGGGCUGGGAGGAGCGUGUGCAUACGGAUGGACGUGUAUUCUACAUAGAUCACAAUACACGCACCACACAGUGGGAGGAUCCACGUUUGUCCAAUCCAAACAUUGCGGGACAAGCGGUGCCCUAUUCCAGGGACUACAAACAGAAAUACGAGUAUUUCAAGAGUCACAUUAGAAAGCCUACAAACGUACCAAAUAAACUUGAAAUACGCAUUCGCCGUACGUCCAUUCUGGAGGACUCGUACCGAAUCAUCAGUUCGGUGACAAAGACCGAUCUACUGAAGACUAAAUUGUGGGUGGAAUUCGAGGGAGAGACUGGUUUAGAUUACGGUGGCCUCGCCAGGGAGUGGUUCUAUUUACUAUCCAAAGAAAUGUUCAAUCCAUACUACGGACUCUUCGAGUACUCGGCGAUGGAUAACUACACAUUGCAGAUCAACAAUGGCAGCGGUUUGUGCAACGAGGAGCAUUUAAGUUACUUCAAAUUUAUUGGUCGCAUUGCGGGCAUGGCUGUAUAUCAUGGCAAGCUGCUGGAUGCCUUCUUCAUUCGUCCUUUCUACAAGAUGAUGCUGCAGAAGCCCAUCGACCUGAAGGACAUGGAGUCCGUGGACACGGAGUACUACAAUUCGCUGAUGUGGAUCAAGGAGAACGACCCGCGAAUCCUGGAGCUGACAUUCUGCCUGGACGAUGAUGUGCUGGGCCAGAAGAGCCAGCACGAUCUGAAGCCCGGUGGCGCCAACAUAGACGUAACCAAUGAGAACAAAGACGAGUACAUCAAGCUCGUUAUUGAAUGGCGCUUUGUGGCGCGCGUCAAAGAACAAAUGUCGUCCUUCCUCGACGGCUUUGGCUCGAUAAUUCCCCUGAAUCUGAUCAAGAUCUUCGACGAGCACGAGCUGGAGCUGCUGAUGUGCGGCAUCCAGAACAUCGAUGUCAAGGACUGGCGCGAGAAUACGCUCUACAAGGGCGACUACCACAUGAAUCACAUCAUUAUCCAAUGGUUCUGGCGCGCCGUUCUCUCCUUCUCCAACGAGAUGCGCUCUCGCCUCCUACAGUUCGUGACCGGCACCUCCCGCGUGCCCAUGAAUGGUUUCAAGGAGCUGUACGGCUCGAAUGGCCCACAGAUGUUUACCAUCGAGAAGUGGGGCACUCCCAACAAUUUUCCACGGGCCCACACCUGCUUUAAUCGCCUGGAUCUGCCGCCCUAUGAGGGUUAUCUGCAGCUCAAGGACAAGCUGAUCAAGGCCAUUGAGGGCAGCCAAGGAUUUGCGGGUGUUGAUUAAUAACACCGGAAACGGGAAUGAUGGCGAGUGGCUUUGGCAGGAGGUGCAGCAGCAGUUUCAGCAGCGCCAGGAAGAAGAGCAGCACCAGCAGCAGCAGCAGCAGGAACAACGACUUCACACUACAUCACAAGAACAACAACGACAGCAGAACAUCCGCAACCGCAACAGCAACCUCAUUGCAUUCACGUGGAACAGCACCGCCAGCAGAUCGUGUACUUAUUUGUUCGUUUGCUUUUGUAUUAUAAUCAUUUUUGCUAGUUUAGUGUUAUUUCGUACGUACUUUUAACUAGGCGCCAACACACACAUAGACAAACGGAGCAGACAAGCAGGGACGGAGACGUAGACGUAGAC